AUGACUUUUCUAUCUUUGUCGGAUUUUUUUUCUGUCUUUUACUCCUUUUUCCUUUUCUUUUCUUUCUUUUUUGUGCUAAAUUCUCUCAAUACUGUUAAUAUAUAUUUAUCCAUUUUCUUUCUGUCUCUCCCCCUUUCUCUCUCUAUCUAUCUGCCUGUCUAUCUAUCUAUAUAUCUAUCUAUUUUUGUCUGUUCAUAUCUAUCUAUAUAUCUAUAUAUCUAUCUGUCUCUUUGGAUGGCAUUCUCUCUCUCUCUCCUCUCUUUCUCUCUAUUCUAUUUCUAUCUCCCUAAAAGUGUGUUCCUGCUGAGGCCUUCUAUCUGUCUGUCUGUUCCGUCGGUUUCCUAUUCUUAUUUAUACUCAGUCAUUUUAUAUAUUUAUAUAAGUAUAUUCCUAAUUCUCUAUAUAAAAUCUAUUUGUCUAUCUAUUAAUACGCAUAACAGUCUGUUAAUAUCUAUAUAUAUACAUUCUAUCUCUCUCUCUAUCUCUCUAUCUAUCUCUCUAUCUAUCUAUCUAUCCCUCUCUCUCUAUCUUUAA